CUGUUGAUAGUGUAGUUUGGAGUCACCAAGACUCAGAAGUGAAUAUAGCAGGGAGAAACACAUCUCCCCGAAACAGUUAUUUUCACUUUUAUUACUUUAUGACAUCCGUGUAAAUAGGUUAUUUUUUUCCCCAUUUUUUAAAUAUAUAUUUAUAUAUAUAAAAAUAACAAGGACAUGGAACUUAAUUCUCUUCUCAUUCUGCUGGAGGCUGCAGAGUAUUUGGAAAGAAGAGACAGAGAGGCAGAACAUGGUUAUGCGUCUGUGUUGCCGUUCAGUAGCGACUUUUCCCGAAAGAAAACGAAAGCAUCGCCAAUUUCCAGAAAAACUCAGAACAAUAGGUCGUCGCACAACGAGCUAGAGAAACACAGACGUGCGAAACUACGGCUGUACUUGGAGCAGUUGAAGAAGCUGGUGCCUUUGGGUCCAGACAGCACCAGACACACCACACUGAGCUUACUGAAAAGGGCCAAGAUGCACAUCAAGAAGCUUGAGGAGCAGGACAGGAAGGCUCUGAAUGUGAAGGAGCAGCUGCAGAGAGAGCACCGCUACCUCAAACGCCGCCUGGAGCAGCUCUCGGUGUCAGGCUCCGUUGAGCGCAUCCGCACUGACAGCAUGGGCUCGACCAUCUCCACCGACUCUGAGCAAGAGGUGGACAUCGAGGGCGUGGAGUUCACUCCCGUUGAGGCGGACAGUGUGGACAGCAUCAGCGACGGCGAGGAAGAGGACCACUACAGCCUCCAGAGCAGCUCCAGCGACACCAGCUACACAGCCACACAUUCCCACAGACUGCAGCCGCACCACUGUUAGACACCAGCCUCCCAGCCCAUGCCUUUCCUCCGCUCACCUUACCUUCUCUGACCGUUUUGCCAUCGCCAACACACCGCCACACACUACCGACAUCAGACCGGUCCACAAAGGCGGUACACCCUGAACAAGUUCCUCCUUUCCUGGCCCCCGGGUCUCCAGGAAGCACAUGGGGCUGAAAUGCCACUCAAGCCUUCCUGACCAAACUACCCCCCCCCCCCCCCCCCCCACCUCCCACCUCCAAUCCCUGACCACUGACCCUACCUCACCCAACUGUAUCCUGCCUGACCCCGCCCCUCCUUACAUGCCCUGCCCUCACCAGCCCCACCUAGUGUUGCCGCAGGCUCAGACAAGAGCAGAGCAGAGUUAGUGGUUUUUAUGGGGGAUGUCUGUGGUGUGGUGGUCAGCUUUGACUUGUUGAUCAGGAUUUUUUUCUUGUGCUUUUUGUGUGUGUGCUUGUGCAGGAGAGAAAGAAAGGUUGGCAAUAAUUCACAGACGAGGCUUUGCACUAGGUUUGUGACGUUAAUGCCAAAGUUCUUCUGCUUGUUCUGCGUUCUGUGCCACAUCAGGACCUCUCAGACAGUCACACAUCUUCCCUUUACACAAAGAGAUUUACACCAGUUGCUAAUGCAGAGUUUCUGCUUAUUUCCAAAAAAAAAAAAAUCAUUGGACUGCUAAAGAAACGCUUUCAGGAACUUUUUGAUUUAACUUGUCGAUGGUCGAUAUGAAAAAAAAGCAGCCAGUUAGCGUAGCUUAGCAUAAAGCCUGAAAAUGAGGGGACAUAAAAGGGACUGUUAAAAACAAUUUAUCUGCAUUUAAGUUUACAACUAGCAUUUUUAUAAAAUGAGUAAAAAAACAAAACAAGAUUGUGAUUUGUUAGCUGUUUCCUGCAUUCACAGUCUUUUUUGCUAAACUAGGAUAAUCUGCUGAAGGCUGAAGAUUAUUGUGAAUAUUCCUUUGGUUUACACUUCUUUAGAAGGCUCUCAACGCAAUACAGUGCACCUGCAAGAGCGCCUCCAAAAAUAGGACGAGUUUAAUAGAUACCUUUAUACGUGAUUAACACAUUCACAACCAAAAAACAAACACACUGAGAAAGUUCAGCUGUUUUUAGACAGAAAAGUCCAGAGUUUGCUGCAGGAGACAACAAACCACGCGAGAGGUGACGAGUGACUUAAGACUCUUAGAAGAUCUGCAGUUUCAAGAAAAUGUCUGGACUUCAGUUCAUGUCUGGAAGCAGCUUCUCGUGACUGUAGCAGAAACUGAACACAGAUGCACAGUUACUGUCCAACCCUUCAUGUCUCCCCUUCUGUUUGCUCGCCUGACCACUCCUCCACACUACUGACCACUACACUAUACCAACCUAUGGUGUGGAUGGACUACUAUGCCAAGAAAAGCAAGGAGUUGCCUGAAAAACUAAAACUCUAUUCCUUAUAGAUUGCUCCUUAUCUUGUGUCUCAGUAGCUAAUUGAUGUAGCAAUAAAUAAAUACAAGUGGCAGGUGCUUCCUUGGAGACUCCUGUGAAGCAGAAUGAGUUACGGGAGAGUUUAUUCUUUACUUUUAUACCCAGUAGAUGACGAGUGGGCAAUUGUGAGCUGUUUUCAGACAUGGACUCGAGGCAUUUGGUGAACGCAGCAGGAGAAAGUCCCGAGGACAUCUCCUCCCAGCUCAAAAAGGGGACACUUGUCCGUUUACUCACUGCGGAUGAUCUGGACUUCCUCCUUCUGCGCUCUCACAUGAUCUCACUCAGACAUUAUGUGGAGGGAGCUGGCAGGACAAUCUCCAGAGAAUGUCCAGACUUCAGUGCAGCCACAGAAUAGACCUGUAGACAAAUGUGUGUUAACGUGUCUGGAUUUUAACGUCUCUGAUUAACAAGUCAAAGCUGGAAACAUGGAAAUCUCUACCAAUUAUUCUCUAUAGAGGUUUGUAGAAGGUAUAAAACUAACAUUCAGUUAAACGUCUAAUUUCUAGGAACAAAGAAAAAAGAAAAAGACAAAAAGAACCAAUUAAUGAUCUUCUUUUCUCUCUCUCUCUGCUAAAUGUUACUUUCUUCUGGAGCUUUGUCGGCACGGCAGAAAACCAGUGCAGACAAAACUCUUCUUCGACUCACUAUCGACAGAGGAGGCACUUUCUGUUGCUCUCUGGCCAUUUUAAUAACUCUUCUCCGGCAGUCUUUAGGGCUCCACGUCCCGACACUGCAAACACGAAAAAGGGCCAAUCCACCGUGGCAGGUCUGACCAAAAAAAAGAAAAAGAAAAAGAAAAACUGUGCACAAAACAAAACUCAAAACAAAAAAAACUACUCGUCACUAAAAGUGAUUCUAGCCAGUGUAGUCUAUAUUUCUUGUAUUAAAUUUUGUAUUAUAUUUUCCUAAAUGUUCUCUUGUAAUGAAAAAACAAAAAAAGAGUGACUAUAUCUAUCUAUCUAUAUAUAUAUAUAUAUAUGUAUGUGUGUGUGAGUGAGUGAGUGUGUGCGCAUGUGUGUGUGUGUGUGUGUAUGUGUGAUUGACAGACAGACUCGAAGAAAGGCUUGUUAAAGGGAGAGUGGGGGCAGGGGAGCUGAUACACUGGCCCCUCUCCCUUCUUUGACUCUCCUGCUGUCAUUCUGUGCCUUGGUGAGCCUUCAUCAUCCUCCCGCCUCCUCCUCCUCCUCCGGUCCCAGCUCAGGUCACAACCCCCCCCUCCCUCCUCCUCCUCCUCCUCGUCAUCUUAAGUCUCAUCCUCCUCUUCUGACGGGGCUGAAAACGUUGAUUUCGACCCUCACCAUGCCAAAAUACUUCCACGGGCGAGGGGCAUGUGAAGGGAAGACCCUCUGACGAAUAACGAAGUAAAGAAAGCCCCUUCUGUCUCUACUGAGAAGCCGCUGUUGUACUUGGCCUUGUCCAGGCACUCCCCCCACCUCUUGACGCCCAACUAUCUGCCAGUGCCGCCACUGUCGCUAAAAAGAAGAAGAAAAAGAACACACACACACACUGGUGAUCUCCCAUGGCAGCUUCCAGUCGCCCCUAACAUGGUUACCAACAGGGUUCAAAACUUUUGGGCUUAAGGCAUGUUUAUCUUUUUUUUUUCUUUUUGUCAUUUUACUAUGAUUGUGUUAUGUUGUGUUUGUUUUAGCGGGAGUCCCUGGGAGAGGAGCAAUUAAAGAAUAAUCCAAUUGAUGGCAGCUUCAGGUGUUAUGCUCCGCUCUCCCAGAGGUCCGCUCCCAAAAAAUAGUGUUACCCGCUGAUCAGGGGACCUCUCUUUGAGACACAGCAAUAUUACCAUCUUGUGCUUUGUGAGUGGGGGGGGGGGGGGAGGGAGGGCGGGCAGGGUUUUUAAGACAAGCAGGUGGUUUUUGCUUUUAACUCUGUGGUGCAUUCUCUCUUUUUUUUUGUGACCAACUCUUUUGUUUUGUUUUGAUGAGUUUUACAUCUGAUCUGCACUCUCUCCACAUACUGCAGGAGAGCAAAAACGAAAAGUCAAGAAGCAAAACGUGUUUUACAUUCAUGUCAAAAGGAUUUUGUACAUGAAUGUCUGAGGCAAAAAAUGUCCUUUCUUCAGUUUGUUGGUCAGAUGAACAACUGAGUAAAAUCAUUCGAUGAUUCUCUUGCACAGAACCUCCCUGUAAAAAGAUUGACGGGCAGAGAUGGAGUGAAUGGGAUGAGCUGAGGGCCAGAUGUGAGAUUAUUGGGGGUUUUUUUGGGGAGGGAACACUUAACAUUACAGUGCAGUAACACAUGUGGCAAAGUGCAUGUAAUAUCUUAUUUCUAAUGCGACGUUCAGCUUGUUAAUAACAGUGAUAAUAGUGUGGCAAUAAGAAUAUGAAUUACUGUAACUACACGUGAAACAUUUUGGGAAUUAGAUUUGUUAAUUACCAGAUAGUAAUGUUGAAAUCCAUCCUUUCAUAUGUCACACACACUUUUCUCCACUGUUAUUACCAAGAUAUGACUUAGUUAAUGCUGCAGAAACAGGGAAGUAUGAUCAUAAUACUUCACUAUUACAAUAUUACUACUAUUACCGUGUUGUUACUGUACUGUAAUGUGAUUUUUUUUGAGUCACCGACAAACAUAUCUAGCACACAUUUUUGAACAACUGACUGGACGUGGUGAAACAGUUUUGUUCGAAUGCUGGACAGAUGUGUUUAGUGUGAAAUCCUGAAAUAUUGACGUGCCUUGGACAAAGUUGUUUUCUUUAAAAUACAAAAAAAAUAGAAGAUGUCGCAGAUGUUCAUAUGUUUAAACCCAUGCAGACGCAACAGAAGAUGUUACUGCUUCUUUCAUAUUGCAAAAAAAAAGAAAAAGAAAAAGAGGGUAAACAUGUAUGACGUGGAAGAGGCUCCUCGAUGCAGACUUGGUUUGAUAAUUCCUUUCUUUUGCUGUUGCACAGAGAUUCUACGCUAAGCGUGUUUUUUCCAAAGAGCACAAAAACACUCACAGUGUGUGUGUGUGUGUGUGUGUUUAGGAAAGUCAGCCAGCAGAGACAGAGCGGAGGGAUGAAAUCAGUGUGAAGCACAAACGGAGGACAGGAUACAGGGUUCAGACGCCUGCUGACUAACACAGAAAUCAAACACAAGUCACUUCCAUGAAAUUAUAUUCCUGCCAAAUGAAUAGUCACUUUUAAACUUUCCGUGCUGAAUGAUUUGUAGGAGUAGAUGUAAUUCCAGCAGAAUAGCUUUAACUACUUGUAGGCUUCAGGUCAGCUCAUUGCUUUCCAGACCCCGGCCUUUUACUUCCUUUCUUCCUUCCUUUUAUGUAUCGAAGGCUCAUCUUUUGUUCCCGCCAUAGAGGAGCAAAAGGAGGUGGUGGGGAGUUUGUUUGUUUGUUUGUUUGUUUGUUUGGGCUGACACACUGUGCAGAGUAGGGAGAGUUCUGUGCCAGAGACCUGUGAAUAUGUUCCUUUUUUAAUAUGCAUUGAGAAAAUGUUAUACAAGUUCCUUUUGUUUGUUUGUUUGUUUGUUUGUUUGUUUUUGUGUGUGAGUGCAUGCACAUGAGUACCUGGUGCUGGCUACAUUUUCAGCAAACACUUGAAGGUAUUGUGUAUUCUCUCAUUGUAAUAUAAUUAAAAUGUUUUAUACAUAAAGCUG